AUGUCCUCGCCUCCAUCGAAACGGCAGGACCUGCAGGGAAUCCGAGGACUGGCGAUCCUUUCGGUGCUCGGUUUCCACUUCUACCCGCACCUCUUUCCGAACGGCUACCUCGGAGUCGAUCAGUGAGUCUCUCAGUUCCCCAGCAGACCUUCCGUUCUCUUCCAGAUUCUUCGUGCUCUCCGGCUUCCUCAUGUGCAUGUUGCUCACCAAAACAGAGAAGAAGCCGCCGUGUUCCGUGCUCGUGCACUUCUACUCCCGUCGCUUCAAACGCAUCCUGCCCCUUUAUCUGCUCAUCCUCCUGCUCACCGUCGUCGCCCUCUACACGGUGUUCCCCGAUUCUGCGGUGCUCCAGAAUCAGUCGUCCGCCACGAAGGCCUUGUUAUUCGUCUCGAAUCGGCCACACACUGGCGAGGAGGACUACUUCGAAAAGGUUUCCUUCCGCCCUUAUUCCCUCCCACUCAACUAUUUUCAGCUGCAACUGGCUAUCGAUCUCUUCACUCACACAUGGUCCCUUUCGGUCGAAAUACAGUUCUACUUCAUUGUUCCUGCCAUCUUUCUCGUUGGCAAUAGGUUCUCUCCCGCCCUCAAAUACGGCUAUUAUUUUAUUCUCGGUGAGUUUCCUUCAUUUUCCUGUUCCUUAAACAUGAACUUUGCAGGUCUUGCUUCCCUUUUCUUCUAUUUCUCAUCGUCUUCAACUGUCGCAUUCAACAGUGUCUUCGCGAGAAUAUGGCAGUUUCUCAUCGGAAUGGUCAUAUAUCUCACGUCUUCCAAGAUUCCAACAGUGAACAAUGUGCCAUAUGAACUUCUGGAAUCAGGUAAUGGGAAGGUAAAACUUCUGGAAGAAAGCGAUGGACUCGAAGAGAGCGACAAAGAAGAAGAAGAGGAAGGAAAGGAAAAGGAAAGAUCCGCGAAGGAUACAAUGAAUUUGGGUCCAUUCUCCAAAUACUUCUUCCUCAUUCCGUUGGCCUACAUUCUCACGUAUCCCAUUGCUCUCUAUCCGUUCCUCCUCAGACCCUUUUUCACUGUUUUCACCGGUUUUCUAAUGCUUCUCUCGAUAGGAGACGCAUAUCUCAGCAACCGAUUUCUCACUUACAUUGGUGAUAUUUCCUAUUCACUUUACCUGAUUCACUGGCCAAUGUACGCCUACGCUAAGUUGAGUUUCCCUGGCAAUCAGAUAGGUAAAUAGUACACUUUUGUUCCAUUCUCUAUUUAUAAUUCGAUUUCAGUUUUAAUGGCAAGUUUACUGAUAUCUGUACUUUUGGCAGUUCUGAUCUAUGAGACUUUCGAGAAGUAAGUUCGACUCUACAGGCGGCACCAAUUCAAACAAUUUUCAGAUGGUACCUCAAACUUUCCAACACGAGCAUUUCCAUUCUGGUCGUUAUGCUCUUCUUCUCCAACCUCGUACUCAUCCACAAAGAUGUGAUCCACGAGAAGUUCUCCCCCGUAAUGCGCAAUUUCACGAGGCUUGACGGGGUUCUUCCGAACAUGACAUUCGGUAGGUUUCCCCUCCAUUUUUUCUUUUUCGUCUGCAACUGAUUUCAGAUGACGCCGACCGUCUAAACAAUCACUGGAGUGCUACUGAUUUAGGAGGACUCCGGGAGCCUGGAUGUGUGAAACGAACGCCCGGGAAAGUGUGGUGUGACUUUGAGGAAAAGGGAAAAGACUUCAAGUUGGUGAUAUUCGGAAACAGUUUGACUGAGAAUCACCAUAAAAUGUUCCUUCAAGAGUGCAGAUAUCGGGCUUACAACGUCACAAUGUAUUCCGAAUACGGUAUGAGAACUGCUCUUUUUCUCUUUUCUAUUUGAAAUCGCUCAGGUUGUGAGCCGUUGGCUGCUCUCUCGAACGAAGAGCACUGCAAGAGACAUCUGGUGGACUUUGUUGACUUUCUGACGAGUGCGAAGCCGGACUACGCCUUCCUCAUCACUCGAUACUUUGCCACGGGAGUUCCGUUCGUGAACAACGUCACCGAUUUGGAGACGGAUUCCACGUAUCAGCAGAUGCGCAGUCAGAUUAACAAAUUCGUUCCGCACAUCAAAAAGAAGCUGUUCGUUCUUGACGCGUUCCCGCGAACCAAUCGAUAUUAUGUGGGAACGAUCGCGAAAGAUCUGAAGAAGAACAGGAAACUGGAAGAGAUCCACGUGAGAGAGUCGUUCGAUGACAUCCUUCCGAAUCGUGCAUUUCAGAAGACACUGGUGGACCCGGACCCCACGUGGCAGCUGGCUCGUUUCCGGACGGAAGCGGUCGUGAAAGAGUGCGGAGCCAAGUGCGAACUCAUCGAUUAUCAGUCGCUUCUCUACAAUAACGCCACUCGCCGCUUCGAGUUUUUCGACGAAAAAGGUUUCAGCUACUUCACAGCCAUAAAUCAUUUAUCGGCGCACGGAAUGGAACUCGUCAGACCUAUUUAUACAGAUAUUUGUGCCAAUUUAACAUAG